GGCUAUCUCGUGCUUCCAGUGUUUGGCUCUGUGCGAAACAGAGGUGCCCCCUUUCAAAGGUCUCAGCAUCCUCACGCUACCUCCUGCCGCCACUUCCAUCUCGGCCCUCCGCAGCCACAGCAGCUCGCCCCAGACUUCCCGCUGGCCCACCCCGUGCAGUCGCAGCCGGGCCUCAGCGCCCACAUGGCCCCGGCCCACCAGCACAGCGGCGCCCUCCACCAGUCGCUGACCCCGCUGCCCACCCUGCAGUUCCAGGACGUCACAGGUCCCUCCUUCCUACCUCAGGCCCUGCACCAGCAAUACCUCCUGCAGCAGCAGCUCCUGGAAGCCCAGCACCGCAGGCUCGUCUCGCACCCCAGGCGGAGUCAGGAGCGUGUGUCCGUCCAUCCCCACCGCCUCCACCCCAGCUUCGACUUCGGCCACCAACUGCAGACACCUCAGCCCAGGUAUUUGGCUGAGGGCACUGACUGGGAUCUCAGUGUGGACGCUGGCUUGAGUCCUGCUCAGUUCCAGGUGCGGCCCCUCCCGCAGCACUAUCAGCAUUACCUAGCCACUCCGCGAAUGCACCACUUUCCCAGGAACUCCUCCUCCACGCAGAUGGUCGUCCAUGAAAUCCGAAACUACCCUUACCCCCAGCUUCACUUCCUCGCUCUCCAGGGGCUAAAUCCCAGCAGACACACUUCUGCCGUGCGGGAGAGCUAUGAGGAGCUGCUGCAGCUGGAGGACAGGUUGGGAAACGUGACCCGGGGAGCUGUGCAGAACACCAUUGAGAGGUUCACCUUCCCCCACAAGUACAAGAAGAGAAGACCCCAGGAUGGCAAGGGCAAGAAGGAUGAGGGCGAGGAGUCCGACACAGAUGAGAAAUGCACAAUUUGUCUGUCUAUGCUGGAAGAUGGAGAAGACGUGAGACGCCUACCCUGUAUGCAUCUCUUCCACCAACUCUGCGUGGACCAGUGGCUCGCCAUGAGCAAGAAAUGCCCCAUCUGCCGAGUGGACAUUGAGACACAACUGGGAGCUGACAGCUGAGGGAGGAGUUAGCCAGUGGACGCCCCAUUUCCUUCACCAGGUCCCCCCACGGCCAUAGCCCUUGCAGCCAAACUUUGCCUUCUGAGCCAUUUGACGUAGAGGAGAAGCCUGCAAGCACAUUUCGUGGAAAGAGGAGUUGGUGGUAUCCGAGUCCGAGGGAGAGGAGGGGGUGGGGGAGGACCCACCCAUCCAGAGUGGCCACUGCCCCCAUCCGCCUUGCUGCGCAGGAGGGAGGGAGCUGGCCGUGCCCAGAGCAGGGCGGGAGUGGGGGGCCCACGCUGUGGAGAACCCAGAUGUGAUCCGAGGGUACUAGCUGAUAGACCGGCCCCUCAAUCCUGUCCUUCGAAGGAUUGUACAUAUACCUCUCGACCACGUAGAAACCAUGUAGGGGUCUCUAGCUAUUUCUGUGGAUGGCAGCCGGAGCAUGUUAGCUUAAGAAAAAUGUCGUGUGUGGUGCUCUAGUCAUCUUGUGGUGGACAUGUCGCUAUUGCCCAACUUGCACCAAAUGUUUCUCAUUGAGUUUCUUGUUUUGGUGCCUGACUGAACCAACCAACGACAGCCCCAAUCUUCCCGUCUUUAUGAGAGAAAGGAAAAAGGAAUCAAAGGUGAAAAGGAAAAAAAAAAAAGAGAGAAAGAAAGAAAGAAAAGCCAAAUCCUGUUUACGGUGAAAAAGGAUGAUUUUUUUUUUUUCACCCAGUUGGGAGGUGGGAGGGGGGUUCUCGUUCUGUUGUUUUUGUUUUCUCCUUGGCUUUUUAUGUUUACAGUGCACGGAGUGUGGAAGGGGCAUCCGGGCAGGGGAGGACUGGACAAAGAGCAAACGGGGGUCUUCGAGGGGUUUCCCAGGGGUUCAGGCCAGAUGAGGAAGGUAGAGCCCAGCAGGGGAAGGGGGUGAGUCUGUCCUGAGGGAGGGCUUCCAGUUCUAGGGCUCACCUCUUAGCCCGGCCAUCCCCGCCCUCCUGGCAUGCCACACUGAACCAGCGUGGACUUGACCUCCAGUUACUGCGGCCUCAGUGUUUCCCGGGACAGGGGGCCCCUGCUCACUCCAGCUUCUUUCUUUAGAUUAGGCUCUUGUCCUGUCACAAAGAGGCAAUGUAGCCACUGCCUCCCUAUGCAAAAAAGUAUUAACCAGAUGAUGCAGAUCAAAUAGCAUAGGCAAUGGACACUUGACCUUGGCCAAAACGCUCCCAGCUAGCAUAGCACCCAGAGCUAAGGUCAAGCACCGUGGACCUGAGGAGGAACUUGAGCUUUCUUUGGGAUGUUUCAAGUCCUGAUCUCUUCCUCAGAGAUGGCCCUGGCUCUGAGACCAUUUUGGCUGGGUGUGGGGGGUCCUAUGUCCCUAACCUCUGGCUCCUUCUCUGAAUCUUAGAUAACCGUGGGCAAGCCCCUUUCUUCCUCUGUGCCUCAGUUUCCUUCUCCUUCCAGUGGGGAGAAACAACAGUGUAUCCCCUUUCCACUCCCUCUACCUCACCUAGAUGUCCUGAGGAUUAAUAUCUCUGUCCACCAUCUUCUGCAUUCUCUUUUCUCUCCUGGGAACUUCUUAGGGUUUGGGGUCGGGGGUGCCAGAAGAGACAGAUCUGGAAGCUCAAAGUGACCUCCCAGUUGUCUUUGUGCAUCAUCCCACAUUUUUUCUGACCCCUCCCAAAGGAACAGAGAGAUAGGAGGAUAGAAGACUAGAGAUGGGGAAAUCCAUCAAACUCCAACCCAAACCCAGCUCUCUAUCCAUAUGUGGAAAACACCAGAUCUGUUGGAAUUCUGUGACUUUCCUCUGCCCCUCCUCCUCCUCCUUCCCCGUCCCUCCCCCUUCUCCUCAUUUGCACUGCUUUCAAAGCCUCCCUCACCUCAACCCCUAGCCCAGUCUCAAUGCCCUCAUAUUAAAAAGACUAAGGGACAGGACACUCGUCACAUAAAUGAAGAAAUUCCAUGCAGUUAAGGAUAUUUGAAUCUAUGUUGCUGCUGUCAGGGGUAAAUGGACCAGUGGGUGACAAUGACAGGGAGACUGAUUUUAGCUUGAGGUAGAACCUUCUAACACCAUUGCACCGCCUGGAGCAAAGGCUACUCUGGACACCCCAGGACAGAGUUGGGGAAGCAGCUCCCUAGGGAUGUCACUCCAGAAUCUUAUCCAGACAAAGGUCUCUCCCAGCACCAAUCUUCUGGUGUCCCAUACAAUCUCUGUUGAGUGCCUACCGGUGCAGGUGCUGGGAAAGAUGAGAGCUAAGAAGACAACGUCCCUGCCUGAAGGAGCUUACAGUUGAAGACCAGACAGGACACGUCCAAUAGUGCAAGAAACAGUGAAGAGUUCAAGAUUCAGGGUCAGCAGUGAUGGGCACUGGGUCAUCCGGGGCAGUGAUUGCAGUGUGUGAAGUGUCUCCAGGACAAGGCUGGACAUCCCACUGGUGGGGAAGGACACUGGAGAUACUGCUUACUCAUAGCCACAGGGAGUUGGGAAUUUUCUCCCCUCCUCCCCAAUGCCUGGGUCAAAACCAAGACUUCAUCAGAAGGCGGCUCUGGAAUGGAGAUCACCAGGGUGGACUGGGUAGGGUAGGCGAGUCCUCUCCUGGGUCAGUCUUUUCUUCUUUCCCUGAGGCUGGUCUGGAAGGCUAGCAGGGGAAGGGAGUCUGUGGGGGAACUGGGGUUGAAGUAGAGCUCAUAUUCCAGGUUCUAGUCCUGGCUCCUCACUGAUAAACUGGUUGAUGCUGGAACCCUCCUCCUGUGUCUCUCUGCACCUGUUUCCCCAGUUAUGACACAGGAGAGUUGGAGUGGAUGCUUGCUAGAAUUUCUCCCAACACUCACAUUCUAUGAUCCCCCAACAUCAACACAUCAUUCAAGUCAGAGCUGUGUGCUGACCGGGCCAUUGAAAAGGACUUCUGCGGGCAUGAACAUUCAUUUCAGAGGCUGAAGGUACACACGUUGAGUAAGAGACUGGGACCUGGUCCCCUCCUCCCUCCUAUUCUCUGCAGGCUCUCCAAGUGCCCCAGGCUACAGGGACUGGGCUGGGGAGGGAGUAGAUCCUGAAGCUCCCUCCCCUCCCUGUCUCUCUGGGAUCCUUGUAUCCUGCAGGUAGGGACAGGAGAGAGGGGACAGCCACUCUGACCCUCCUGGCUCCUGUUUCCUUAGCAGAGAAGCCAAUUGGGUGAGAAGAGCAGGUGCCAGCUUCUGCUCCCUUGAGCCCCCCUAAUCCCAGCUGGCCCGGGAGCCUGGGAAGAGCGGAGAGGAGGCAGGUUCAGGCCUCAGCAUCUCACACCCACCACCUCCAGGAGGGAGACACCUAUAGUCCUCCUGCUCAACUCAAGGGACUCAGACCCUUUCCUGACUGAGACGCAUGAGUGCCUUCUGGGGCAAGAGCAGCCCCAGGGUUCAAGUUGGGCCUCCAAACCGCAGCCAUGGCUGCAGCGGGUCCACCGAGGACACUAAUCAAUCAACCCAAGCCACGAGCCGCUGGGCGCAGCAGAGGGUGGGCAGGGGCCACAGUGUCCUCCACCCAGCCAGGACCCCCGGCCCUGUCGCCCUCGCCCACCACCUGUGGCGGGACUCAGGCUCUCUUCUGCAAAGGCUCUCAGCCUCCGAGCAAGUAUUCUUAACUCUUUACGCCUAACGAACAAGCACAGUUUUUUCAAUGGUGAAGAAAAAGCACCAGAUUUUUUUUUUCCCCCUGAAGAAAUCCCCAAGCCCCCCGCCCGCUGGCGGGAUCAACACUCCCCGUGUGGGGCUGUAGCAACGUCUGUCAGGUCCCCUCGUGUUUCAUCUCCUGCGCGCGUAGAGCAAAUGCUAGAGCGAUUUCAGCUGAUAGAAAAACAAAAAUGAAAAAAAAAAAAACAAAAAAACAAAAAAAAAACAUGGCACGUUGCUAGUUUACAGGGUUUUGUGAGUUUAAAUGCCUUAUAUUUAACAAUCAUAAUUUAUGACUAACUUGUAGAUAUCGUGGGUUCUUAUUUAAUUAUUUUUAUAGUUGUUUUGCAUUUUUAAUUAUAAUUUAUUUAUUUAGAAAGGAUACUAAUUUUUUUUAUUACUCCUAUUACCUCAUUUUGGCGUUGUUUUUGGGAGUGGAAUGCUUUGCAUGCAUUGGUACGAUGACAAACAACUACGAAUACAAAAAAAAAAAAAUUUAAAUAAAAUUCCGCGAACUUUAUUUCGUCCAAACUAUCAGGGUGUGUGAUUGCAAGCUGUCCUACUGUGGUGCUGGCCUCUUUGGAUACAUUCCAUACGAAAUGCAAACCUUUGAUUCUGUAUGCUGUGACUUAGUGAAAAACUCCAAUAUAGUGACUGUAUUUAGCACAUAUAUAAAUAUAAUUUGCACUCGUCAGCAGACUGGGGUAAUCCUUUCACUUGCUACCCUUGGCACCCUCGCCCCGACCCCUUCACCCCUGCAAUUAACCUGCUUUUCUUUCUUCCUUCCCGCUUCUUACAGCCUCAGUCCACCCAGGCUUCCACCCCUGAAGGAGGUCUCUGGGCUCUAGAGGUCCCUGUCUUCACUUGGGCUCCACCUUUCUAAGGUUCCAGAAUUGGAGCCCUUGGGACAUUGCCAGCAGGAGUGUAAGAAAACUGAAAGUCUGACUCAUUACACGAGCCUAGAUGGGGGGCUUGGGUUUUCAGAUCAGCUCCAUUGUGGUCUUCCCUGUGACUGUAAGCCAGUCCUUGACCUCCCCGAGUCAGUUUUUCUGUGCUAGGGAAGGGAGGCGAAAGGGGGGGCAUCUCUAGGAUGCCUCUGAUUCAGGUAGAAUAUGACGCAGAUCUGGGGAUGGGGGACCUAUCUCGCCCUCUCAGGAAAAAAAGGAAAAGAGAAAAGAUGGAGGGAAGGAAAGGAAAGAAAAGGAGAAGAGAGGGAACGGAUGGAGGAUGUAGCCCGUAGAUUUGCCCAGAGCAGAGGUCCACAAAGGUUUCUGUCCUUUUAAGUGCAACAUCUGGAGGGCGACAGGGAGGUAAAUUAGGUGGACACAUUCCUGGAUAUGGGACCUGGCCUUUCACGAAGUUUAGCAGGUCAUUGGGAGAGUAAGCUAAAGUCCAUGCCCUGUUAGGUUUAGGGAUGUGAUAGGUAGAAGUCCCAGACUCUGGUGUUGGGGGUUGGCACUCCUGUCCUGUCAUCUCUAGGAGCCUUUGUGACUGGGACAUCACCCACCAACAACUGCCUGGGACACAGUUUGGACUGUGGUCUCACCUCCCAGUAUCUCCCCUGGGCCUGCCCCUGGACCAUGGGUGUGGGCAGGAGGCUGCUAUGGAGGAUAAGGGGUGGGACUCCAGAGUCACUGCCCCAGAGAGAAGGGAUGGGAGGGAGGUCUGGGGAAACAAUGGCAUCAACAGCUGGCACAGUGCUUAGCCCAGGUGUCUUUGAGCCAAAAGGAGAGAGGAGGUCCAAGCCCCCGGGAGCAGCCUUUGAGUGGGCUGGCACCUGCCCCACACCCUUCCUCUCCCUCUCCUCCUCCUCUUCCUUUCUAGCUUGCCUUCCCUCUUGGCUCUUGCCAUCACUGCCUUUGCCUGGUGGGGACUCCACCCUCCACAAGAGGCCCCAUGGGGAUGGACGGUGCUGACAUGGGGGAGGAACUGGACACCUAGAGUUGCCACCCUGUCUGGCUAGGCUUGCCUAAGUGGCCAGAUGGGGCAUGGCCGCUAAACCCAUCUCUGCUCUGGGCUGGGGACGGGAACCUUUCCUGGGGCUUCUUGCCUGCUACUGCCCAGCUUGCCCUCAGCCUCCACCCUGGAGCCUUGCUUUGCUUGGACACAGCCUGUGGAGUCCCCCAUCACGCUGGUGGGUGUACCACCACCAUGCUGUCGGGCCUGGCAGACACUGCCCUGGCAGGGCUCCCGGAUGGGCAUGCCUUACGCUGCUCCUCGGGGACCAAGUGAACAAGGCCUUGUGCCCUGGCUGGCCUGUGCCCCAAUCUCAAGCCUCCCCUACCACCCCCACCCCUCUUCCACCCCUGGCAAUGGAUGUGGCUAAUUUCUCAGCUCUGGAGCCGGCCACACCAGGGGGUGAUUUGGUUGCCCCUGGUAAGUGAAAGGAUUAUCCUCAGUGUUGAUUGUCCUUUUUUGUAAUCCUCCUGCUGUUCUGUUCUGUUGUGCUGUGCAACAUUUUGCUACAUAGACUAUUUUAUAGCAGAAAGCUAGAAGAAUAUUUAUUAUGAAUAUUAAAGCAAUAGUGCAUCAAUGAAAAGGCGAAGACAUUAGGAAUUGUGUAAAUGCUUAGAUUCACUUUUGGUGGAUUUUUUGUACUUUAUUUAUAACUAAUAAAAAUGAACUGCAUUGCUAACUACA